GUUAGUGACACCAAUUUUACCAAAAUUUUCAGAUCCUCAAUGUAUAUGUAACAAAAUAUCAAACUGGGGGAACCUAUUGGCCUAUUGUCCACAACACAACAAUUUUCUCAAUGGUGCUGAUGCAAAUUAUAGCCAUGGCAGUCUUUGGACUAAAAAAGUCUACAGUGGCAUCAAGCUUCGUAAUUCCGCUGAUAAUCUUGACACUCCUUUUCAAUGAGUAUUGCAGACAGAGGUUUCAACCAUUAUUCAAGCACAUUCCUGCUCAGAUCCUCAUUGAAAUGGAUCGGCAAGAUGAGCAAAAUGGGAAGAUGAAAGAGAUCCACCAAAAACUCACAUCAGCUUAUACUCAGUUCAAAUCCAGUUCCCUCAUGCUCGGUGAUCCUGUUCCCCCAAGUCAUAACAACUGCAGGCUUGAAGACCUAGAAAUUAAUCCAGGAAAAAUCCCUGUCCAUCACCCUUCUUAAUGGGUUCAACAUACGUUGAAAAUUGGAGAAUCAUAAUCAAGCAGAGGAAUUUCUGGGCAUACAUGCAGCAACAUUGCUAAUCGAGAUUGUUGUAACUAUAUUUUUGGAGGAAGGGCAUGAUGAUAUCUCGAAUAGGGACAUUUAGUAUACUCAGGAGAUGAAUCUUAAAAACUCCUAGGGCUUGCAAGAUUUUGAGAAGUUAUUUAGAUUGUACUUUUUAUUCUCUCCUUUCUGGAUCUCUCUCCGCUUGUCUCACAUAGAGAUGGGAAGAUGAACGUUAUUGAGUUUUUGUACAGAUGAUAGUUCCAUGAAUGGUGAAACCUUUUGUUAGAGUA